AUGAAGCAGAUCGGUCUUCUUCGAGCGUUGACGGUGAAGCUGUUAUGUGCAGUUUUUUCCUUCGGACUCCUUGGGAUGGCUCGAGGGCUGGAUGAGGGCCUCAUCUCGACUACAGUGGCUCAACCGUCCUUUAUCCAUCAGUUUCACCUUCAGGAUGCCGACCUUAGUGCAUCGGAGAAAGCCAACCGGCUCUCCAACAUAACCUCUAUGGUCCAUAUCGGAAGUAUCCCUGGAGCAAUGUUUGCUUUCAUUAUGUGUGAGCACGUCGGAAUGCUCUGGACAAUGCGACAACUGUGUGUUAUGUGGGCAGCUGGAGUAAUUAUUGUUAUUACAGCUGCGGGGAGUAUUGGUCAGGUCUACGCUGGUCGUUUCAUCAUGGGUUUAGGGAUUGGACAAGCCGGGGUCGUCGUGCCGAUCUAUCUCUCCGAGGUAGCUACACCGUCGCUCCGUGGACUCAUGGUCUGCACAUUUGCUACAUCUGAAUAUAUGGGAAUCAUGAUAGGGUAUUUCUCAAGCUGGGGGACGACCAUGCACAUCUCCAACAACAGCUCAAAACAAUGGAUGAUCCCACAGUCUAUUCAGAUUAUGGUUUCUGGCAUUCUUCUGCUUUCAUCGUUUUUCUGCGAGGAGAGUCCCCGAUAUCUAUGCAAAGCUGGACGUUUUGCCGAAGGUACCCGGGCCCUAAGUCGGUUGUGGAACUUACCUAUACACGACCCACGCAUUCAGAAGGAAUUCGAAGGUAUUCUAAAUCAAUUAGGAGACACACCAUCAGGGACGAGCAUCCAGCGCCUGGGAAGGGCUCUAAAGCAACUUAUCACAGACAAAUCUAACCUAUCAAGAUUGACAUUUUUGGCGAUCACUCAGCUCCUAAGCCAGUGGUCCGGUGCCACUUCCGUGACUACUUAUGCCCCGAAGCUCUUCUCGCUUCUCGGCGAGACGGGUCAGUCCCAGAAGCUAUUGUGCACCGCCAUCUUAGGCGCCGUCAAAUUUGUCGCAUCGCUUAUCUGCACAGUAUUUCUGAUUGAUUAUACCGGGCGAAAGCGCCCUUUGAUUACAGGAAUCAUCAUCCAAUUUGUCGCUAUGCUUUAUAUUGCCAUCUAUCUCACCGUGGCAUUGCCAUCCACCCAUCCCAUCCGCUCAAAUGCAGAGCACGAUGCUGCCAUUGUUGCCAUCGUCUGUCUCUACCUCACGGGUGUGGGCUGGGCCCUGGGAUGGAACUCGAUUCAGUAUCUCAUAAACGCGGAGAUUUUCCCCCUGUCCGUGAGAACAGUAGGUUCCAGUGUACUUAUGUGCUUCCAUUUCGCCAAUCGAUAUGGUCUGUCGAAGGCUGUUCCGUCCAUGUUGCUAGAGAAUGGACUCCGGCCGGAGGGGACAUUCUGGCUCUUUGCGGUGGUUACAAUAUUGGGCUUAUUGUGGGUUUGGCUGCGACUCCCUGAGACUGCUAGGCGGAAUCUUGAGGAGGCGAACGUAUUAAUCUCCUGA